AGGCUCGCUGCGGCCCCGCAGGGGUCGCAGGUCCCCCUCUGACAACCCAGACCAUUUCUCCACGGGCAGGAGAACUUCCCCGCGCCCGCUGCUUCUGCGCCCAAGAAAGAAAUCCUAGCGCCUCGAAGCUUUGCUGGGCCGAGGCUGUCCCCUAAAAGAGGGCCCCUUUGGUUCCCCGGCCCGAGAGAGGUCCUUGCGAGCGCCAGGACCGCGCAGCCUCGGACCCUUCGUAUCCGGAACAGUUUCCGGGGCGGAUGCUUUUCGCAGCUGACCCGGCGCGGUCGGUGACGCCAAACCCAGGCGGAAGUGCAGGCGGAGGAGCCCGAACCGGAGGGGUUCGCGGCGGGCUCCGGGCCUUGAGGGCUGCUGGGUUUGGCGGCAAUGGCGACUCUGUGGGGAGGCCUCCUGCGUCUUGGCUCCUUGCUCAGCGUGUCCUGCCUGGCGCUGUCCGUGCUGCUGCUGGUGCAGAUGUCAGAUGCCGCCAAGAAUUCCGGGGAUGUCCGGUGUAAAUGUAUUUGUCCUCCCUAUAAAGAUAUUCCGGGGCAUAUUUAUAAUAGGAACAUAUCCCAAAAAGAUUGCGACUGCCUUCACGUGGUGGAGCUCAUGUCCGUGCGGGAGCCUGACAUAGAAGCUUACUGUCUGCGCUGUGAGUGCAAAUACGAGGAGAGAAGCUCGGUGACGAUCAAGGUUACCAUUAUAAUUUAUCUGUCCAUUUUGGGCCUUCUCCUUCUGUACAUGGUGUACCUUACUCUGGUGGAGCCCAUCCUGAAGAGACGCCUGUUUGGACACUCACAGCUAAUACAGAGCGAUGACGAUGUUGGGGAUCACCAGCCUUUUGCAAAUGCCCACGAUGUGCUGGCCCAUUCCCGAAGUCGAGCCAAUGUACUGAAUAAGGUAGAGUAUGCCCAGCAGCGCUGGAAGCUUCAAGUUCAAGAGCAGCGAAAAUCUGUCUUUGACCGUCAUGUUGUCCUCAGCUAACUGAGAAGCAAAUUCAAGGUAACUAGAAAGCAACAAGGCAGACAACUAGAAAAAAAUUGACUGAGUUUUCCUGGAUUUUAUUUUAUACCCUGUUGAUUUUACCAACUCUUGCUGGGAAAUUCAAAACCUGAAACAGAAUCGUGCUUGGUGUUUUCUUUUGUUGUUAACAUCGUAAGAGACAUUUUUUAAAGCACACACCAAGUCAGCCAAUAAACCUUUUUCUCUUUGUGACUUUUACAAAUAAAAAUAAGUCUGCUUGUAAAUUAUGUCAAAGUCCUUCCCCUGGAACAAGCAUUCUUUUUCACCACACAGUUUUAACUUGGUUUUCAAGAUAAUUUUCAGGUGUUUGUUUUUGCUGCUGUUGUUUUUGGCAGGGGAGAAAAGAGGUGUGUGGGAACUGCUUAACAUAACUUUUCUCAAGUCACUUUACUAAAAAAUCUUUUGUAAAUAGACUUUACUUAUAUUUUCACGUUUCAUUUCUGUCUCGUGGUGUAGCCAGCCUCAUCAAAGCCCUUACCUGUCCCUUUUGAAUUUUGCACUGACUGUAUUGCCGAGGUAUCUGGUUGGCAUGUGGCCAACUUCGCGGUAAACUAGAUCCAAAAUGCCCGGUGGCUUGUCACACAGUGCAGAUUUUCUCUAAGUACUGUGGUGUGUGAUGUAAUGCAUCCUGGAACACACUGGCCAUUUGCUACUUCACUGUAAUGACUAACCAUAGUCUUGGCAUGUGUUGGCUUACUCAUCCCUUAUAUCUUUAAGGAUGAAUCCUAAGGACUUGGGUACUUGCAAUAAAGAACUUUUCUUUUAAAUCCAAGCCUUGCUGGAUUGAUGAUAUUUACAUGUUUGUCAGCCUUUUGGGUCAGGUUGAGAGGCAGCUGUUUGAGCUCCGGUGUGUGCAGCUUUGGACGAGCACCGGAGUUCCGUGUGCCUCCCUCUGAAAGGUGGAACGGUCAGUGGAUAACUGGCUUUUUCCUUCCUGUGUCCUCUUUGGAAUGGAACAAUAAAAAUAAUUUUUGAAACACC